AUGGCCAUGACGAGGAACGAGCAGGUUGCGUUUAGCCCUCGUGGUACAAUCAAGAAACGAUUCUUUGCCAUGGCUUUGGUGGGAGUUUGCUUGGUUUGGGUUGGCUUGAUCAUCACGGAUGUGAAUGUCAUGAGAGGCGCCGUCAUGACAGCAACCGCUGCCAAUCAAGAAGAGAGCGGGACAGUAGGUGCUAACAAUACUGGCACUGCCAACGUUGAUGGAAACACAACCAGGUGGUCCAUGCUGGCUAUGGAUGCGUUUGUUGCCGGGAGCAGUGUUCCUCGAAAGCCGUACUCAAGAAUCCUGGAUUCUACAGCGGAUUUGCAAACCACCGCCGAGGCUGACACAACCGAAGCAAAGGCUCCCAGUGCCAAAACAAUCUCCUUAGUUACCAGUUUCUUUGCGGAUGCACUAGUACAAGAGGACCCGCAUCCACAUCUGGCUGAGAUUCAAGCAUCCAUUCUCAACAACCUUCACAAUCCAUACUUUGAUCAGCUGGUAGUCAUUCUCGAUGGUUCUUCCAGUCAGUCGAACUGCACUACGUUCUACGAUCGUAUUGGAGUACUGCAGAGACAAUAUGCAAAGUACUGGAAACUUAUGGAUCGCCAUCCAAAGAUAGUCAAACCGUCUCUGACCUGUGUUGAUCGCCCUGAGUCACAACCCAACUAUUAUGAAAUGUUCACCUAUGCCACCGACCCAAACAUUGUCACUGGUGACAUCAUUGUUCUCUCCAAUGCGGAUCAAGCAUUUGACGAUACAGUCGGAGAGGUUUCUAGAACAGGCAUUGCCGGUCGCUGUGGGGCUACAACACCAUCUUGGGAUGGGUAUGUCUUUCACAGGUUGCUCGUGCAAGGCAAGCUGCAACCACAAGACUUUAUGCGCAACACACUUACAGAGUCAGGCAGGGCAUUCUUCAAGAUGAAUGAAUCUGGUGGAGAGAAUGCUGGUUUAUGGGCACUCUUGGCACAAAUCCCUGAAGCCAAUGAUGCCAAUGGCUGUGCACUCGUGAGAACAUGGCAUUUCCACCAUGCCAAAAAGAUGCAUGCACACAAAACGGAUGAAAAGUACUGGGAUAACCCAGAAUCACCCUAUCGAGUUCCAAAACCACAUCGGCGGCCUACAGUUCCACUAGACCAGGUCCUCUUGAAGGCAGCAACGUUAUAG